GUGGAGAGGAAUGGCUCCUCCCCAUUGGCUGUUGCUGUUUGCACUCAGUUGCUUUAUCAGUCUUUGAUAACAGCUGAAGGGCAGAGUAACCCCUGCAUGACAGAUGAAAGAUCGGCCAAGUGCUGCAAAAGACAGUUACAUUGAUCCAGCCUGGUGAAGACAUCUGGAGACCAUGACUAAGAAAAGAAUUGCUGUGAUUGGAGGAGGUGCAAGCGGGCUCUCUUCUAUCAAGUGCUGCCUGGAAGAAGGCUUGGAACCAGUCUGUUUUGAAAGGACUCACGACAUCGGAGGACUCUGGAGGUUCCAGGAAAAUCCUGAAGAAGGAAGGGCCAGCAUUUACAAAUCAGUGAUCAUCAACACUUCUAAGGAGAUGAUGUGCUUCAGUGACUAUCCCAUCCCAGAUCAUUAUCCUAACUUCAUGCACAACUCCCAGGUCCUGGAGUAUUUCAGGAUGUAUGCCAAAGAAUUUGAUCUUCUAAAAUAUAUUCGAUUCAAGACCACUGUGUGCAGUGUGAAGAAGCAGCCUGAUUUCUCCACUUCAGGCCAAUGGGAGGUAGUUACAGAAUCUGAAGGGGAAAAGGAGGUAAAUGUCUUUGAUGGAGUCAUGGUUUGCACCGGCCAUCACACCAAUGCUCACUUACCCUUGGAAAGCUUCCCUGGAAUUGAGAAGUUCAAAGGACAGUACUUCCAUAGCCGGGACUAUAAGAAUCCAGAGAGUUUCACUGGAAAGAGAGUCAUUGUAAUUGGCAUUGGAAAUUCUGGAGGGGAUCUGGCUGUGGAAAUUUCCCACACAGCCAAGCAGGUUUUCCUCAGCACCAGGAGAGGAUCUUGGGUCCUGAAUCGUGUAGCAGACUAUGGAUAUCCCCUUGAUGUGUUAGUCUCUUCUCGAUUUAAACAUUUUCUUUUGAAGAUCUGUGGUCAAUCAUUAGCAAACAAUUUUUUGGAGAAAAAGAUGAACCAAAGGUUUGACCAUGAAAUGUUUGGCCUAAAGCCUAAACACAGAGCUCUGAGUCAGCAUCCAACAGUGAAUGAUGAACUGCCAAAUCGUAUAAUUUCUGGCUUGGUGAAGGUGAAAGGAAAUGUGAAGGAGUUCACAGAGACAGCCGCCCUAUUUGAAGAUGGUUCCAGGGAGGAUGACAUUGAUGCUGUUAUCUUUGCCACAGGCUAUACUUUUGCCUUUCCUUUUCUUGAAGAUUCUGUUCAAGUAGUCAAAAACAAGAUAUCCCUAUAUAAAAAUGUCUUCCCUCCUAACCUGGAAAAGCCAACUCUUGCAAUCAUAGGCUUGAUCCAGCCUUUGGGUGCCAUUAUGCCGAUUUCAGAGCUCCAAGGACGCUGGGUCACUCAAGUAUUUAAAGGGCUAAAGACAUUGCCCUCACAAAGCAAAAUGAAAGCAGAGAUAGCUAAGGUUCAAGAGCAAAUGGCAAAAAGGUAUGUGGAGAGCCAACGCCAUACCAUUCAGGGAGACUAUAUAGAUACCAUGGAAGAGCUGGCUGAUCUCGUGGGUGUCAGGCCCAGUCUGCUGUCUCUGGCCUUCACUGACCCUAAAUUGGCAAUACAGAUCAUCUGGGGACCCUGCACUCCAAUCCAGUAUCGUCUACAAGGCCCUGGAAAAUGGGAUGGAGCCCGAAAAGCUAUCCUCACCACAGAAGAUCGUAUCAGGAAGCCACUGAUGACAAGAGUUAUCGAACACACUAAUUCCACGACUUCAACAAUAACAAUGGCUAAGUGUAUGCUGGCUGUUGUUUUCUUUGCUAUAAUUGUGACCUACUUUUAGCUGUCCCAUUUGUCAUUGCCCCAGUUUUCUUUGGAAAGCUGCAUCUAGAGAUGCCUUCAGAAUCUGAUGAGAUUGAACAGCUCUUGGCUUCACAUUGUUCAGGAAUCUACUUUUCUCUUGCCAAAGCAUUAAUCUUCUUUCCUCUUUUCCUUACAGUGAGACUCUAGCUUUUCAUUCAUAUUGAUUUCCCUCCCGUCCUCUUGUGACCCACCACUUUUUCCUUUCAAUAACCCCUGGACUAUGAGCUCAAGUAUCCUUUCAGUCAUCUUUGUAAGUCCUUAGCAGACUUCUUGACAUGUGGUAUGUGCUUGAUAAAUGUUGUCAAUAUUA